GUCACUGAUGAACCGCUCUCUUGACUGCUCUUUCUCGCUGUCACAUUCCCGCUCUGCUCCGUCCUGCUGCUCUCAGCCUCUCCAAGACUUUUUAGUCGGCACAAAAUGAACGACAGUGAACUCACCAGCUAUGAGUUCGAGCGACGGUUCGACCAGCAGCGAGCCUUUGAAUGGAUGCAGGAAAACUGGAGGAAGUCGUUCAUGCUCUGUGGCCUGUAUGCUGCGCUCGUGUUCGGCGGGCAGCACUUCAUGAGGGAACGGCCAAAACUGAACCUGCGGCGGCCGUUGGUGCUGUGGUCACUCAGCCUGGCCAUCUUCAGCAUCAUCGGAGCGGUCCGAACCGGAACCUACAUGCUGCACGUUCUCCUGAACGGAGGCUUCAGACAGUCGGUGUGUGACAGCAGUUUCUACAAAGCACCCGUCACCAAGUUCUGGGCCUACGCCUUUGCUCUCAGCAAGGUCCCUGAGCUGGGUGACACCAUGUUCAUCAUCCUGCGAAAGCAACGCCUGAUUUUCCUGCACUGGUACCACCACAUCACUGUCCUGCUCUACUCCUGGUACACCUACAAGGACCAGGUGGCCGGCGGCGGCUGGUUCAUGACCAUGAACUACAUGGUCCACUCUCUGAUGUACUCGUACUAUGCGGCACGGGCCGCGGGCCUGCGGGUGCCUCGAGUCUGCGCCAUGACCAUCACGGCAGCUCAGAUCCUGCAGAUGGCGAUGGGCCUGGUUGUACUGGCGUACGUUUACUACUGGAUGGACAUUGCGCACUGCUUCUCAUACGUGGACAAAGUUGUGUGGGGGACCAUCAUGUACCUGAGCUACUUGCUCCUCUUUGCCUCGUUCUUCUACAAUACGUACCUCAAGGACUCCUCUGAAGUCAAAGGAACCAAAGCUGAGUAGCCAGUCUUUAAAACAAUGAGGUAUUUUAACAGCAAGGAGGCCGGAAUCUGGUUUUUCUUUUUCCCAAACUAUUUAUUGGUAGGUGGGCAUUUCUCCUGUGAUGCAUAUUUACGUCCCCAAAACACGGAUGCGUGCUGGCAUUUAGACUCUGGUAUCUAUUGCAGAAACAGAGAAGGAUCAAAGGGAAAGGAUGCACUUGGAGAAUAUUGCUUUUGUAAAAUGCAGUAUCAUAUAAUGCACUAUCCUCAAGAAAAAAGCACUUAUAGUUUCACAAAGCUGAAGAAAUCGACAUUUUUUUCUGCUUGUGGAAUCAGCACUUCUGCACAUUUCUGCUUAACUUCUGCAGUCGCUGUUUACUUAGAGCUUCUUAAAAUGUAAGACAUUUCCCACAAUGCAUGUUUACAGUGGCUAAACCAGACGUCCUGUGCAUUCCUAAAUAACCUCCAGACGUACAGUUGGACAAAACAUUCCUAUUUCUCUGCAUUUAAAAAUAUGAUAGAAAGUACCAAAUUUUAUUUUGAAAUGCUAAAAUAGUUUAAAAUUCCCUUAAAUGCACAACCUGACAAAAUCAUCUCUAAAGACUUUACUGCAUUUCGGUUCAUGUUUUGUGCCUCCUGGUUACUAAAUCUUUAAAUCUGCACCAAACAGGAACACAUUUAACUUUUUCAAAGUUUAGGUUGUCAUUUUUGAUUAUAUAAAAUACAUUUCAGAGUUUACAGAUAGAAGUAGGUCUCUGGAUUUAGAUGGUCACUAAGUCGCACUUUUAGUUUUUCAUUUAAAUAUUAAUGACAAUACGUUAUUUGUUUAAAAACAACCAACAAACAAAUGCAGAAUACUAAACUAGUCAAUGAUAGUAUGCUAUGACGUGUCUUGUUUCACCGAGUUAGCCUCGGUGCUUAAGUCUACUGUGAGUGAUUGCAAAUGAGAGCCAGGUGUGUGAGGCAUCUGUGCGCCGGGGUUGCUGGGAUAUGUAGUGGUUUAGAACUCUGGAGAUGAUUCCUGCCGAUGACCAGAGGGAGAGAUAGACCUGACUUCUGUCAGAGAAGUAUUGUUAGUGCCACCCUGCCUGCAUUACUGAGCGUUACAUCCAGACCUGAUCUUCUGAUUUCCUGAGCCUGUUUUGACUCUGACUCUGUUAGCCUGCAGCCUGCCCCGAAUCUCGCCUGGAUCCUGACUAUUCUCGUUUUUUCUCUGAUGCUCCUUAUUUACCCUCUGCCUGCCUGACCCUCAUUUAGUGUUAUUGACUUUUAGCUGAGCUUAUCAACUUGCUGCAAUUGGAUCCAGCCAUCUGCCCGUUUUGUGAACCCCCCCCCCCCCCCCCCCCUUUUAAAAAAAGUUUUAAACUGAGCCUUUUAAGCCGCUGUUGGAAACCAUAUUUUGAAUUAAAGUCAACACUGGUAGGCCUUAGAUCAGGGGUCUGCAACCUUAAAGAGCCAUUUGGUCCAAUUUGUCACUGACCCAAAACCCAACGAGAGCCACUUCACCGAUUCUAAAAAUGCACUGCAUUUGUGACCAUUCAUUUAUUAAAUGUAGCUUUCAAGUAUUUACACUAAUUGAAUUACGACAAUGUUAUAUUUUUCUUUAUUUAAUCAUUUCAACUCCCUUUUAUUUUGACAGCAGCACAUACAAGUGUCUUUCAAAAUAAAGUACAUCCUGUGUAAAUGAAGUAAAAAUGUUAGAAAUGAUGAGUGUGCUGCGCCUUCAUGCUUUUUGUCCUUAUACUAUCAAUUAUAUACAAAAGACUGGUGUAGAAUCCACAUUUAAAAAAAUAUAAGCAUUAUGAAAAAGUAUUAUAUAAACAUGGAAACAUUUUUCUAUCAUUUCCUUUAGUUUAUGUCACUUUAAAAAUGGAAAUAAAAUUAGAACAAAUUAAUCAAAACUACAAACCCAUUAUUUAUUUUAAUCAUUAUUUUUUCAAAGCCAAAGAUCCACAUUGGAGUGAGAAAAGGGCCGCAUGCGGCUCUGGAGCCUCAGGUUGCAGACCCCUCCCUUAGAUUGAAGAACAAAGGGAAAUUAUGCUCCUCAUGUUUGGUACUGGAUUUUGUUCUUAUGUUUGUUUCUUUUAAUGCCAUAACAAUUUAUAGGCAGCUCUUUGACCCAUUUCUUUCCAAAUAUUGAAAAUUACAGACCAACAUAAUAGACUUUUAUGGUGACUUUUCUUUACUUAUAGAUUGUAUCCCUGUAAAGGUCACCUGUCAUCGUGGACUCCGCUUUUAACUUUUCCGUCCCAUUAAUGUGCUUAUGCAUUUCCAUGUUGCACAUGUCUGUUUGCAAACUGGUUAUUUGGCAAAUCUAAAAACCUAAAAAGUUCAUGUUUAAUGAUGCUGUGAUUUAUGUUCCAGAGGUCUGUUCCAUGUCAGCAUUCACACACAACACUGCUGUAGAGUUCUAGUGCUCUGAAAGCAGAGUUUAAGGACCUAGAAGCUUGAAAUAAAUCCAUCCCAGUUUUGUAUUUCCACUUGAUUGUGAGUGAAACGCUUUCAAUAAAAUCUAAAGUUGCUGCACAUA